CUCCGCUUCCAGGUCAACGCGUGCGGCAUAGAUCUUCCUCUUCCUCUUCAAUCGUAUACGAGUGACCUCAUCUGCUACGUUUGACCCUCCGCCGGUUAGUGCUCUAUAAUUUCCUUCGCCCUUUUGGUAGAGAAUUAGGAGGAUUCUGAGAAGCAAACCGAGUGGGACUCCUCGAAUCAAGUCCGUACCUUCAUCAGCAAAAAACAGGGGAAAAGAAUCCCCGAGUGCCCAAUCCAACCGAGUUCUUCGCGUAUUCGAAUCAGCUUACGGACGCCUGUAGAUUAUGAGGUCCGGCGGCACACCUGAGAAUAAUCAGAGUAUCGCCGAAGCUCCGUCAUUGGGUCUUUGCAAGUCGUCCAAGAUUGAUUUUGCCUAUACGGAGGCCUGUAGCCUAGCCUGGACAAUGAGCUUAUGGAGUCUAGCCAUACACCCAGCAUAUCUGUGCUCGCUGGUCCUCCGAGCUUUUGGUUCACUGAAGAAAUUCUGCAAGCACCCUCCACUGGUCAAGACUACGGAGGGCGCAUCGGCUGAGCUGCCUCAGGACAUCUUGAUGGGUAUAUUUGCCACCCUCGAGAUCCCCGACCUCGUCCGUGCCGGCUCGGUCUGCUCCUCCUGGCGCUCCGCCUACUCCAGCCUGCUCCUCCCUGGGCACUACACGCGCCCCCAGACGCCGUGCCUCCUCUACACAUCUGAAUCUGCCGGCGAGAGCGUCGCUUGCCUCUACAGCCUCGCGGAGAAGCGGACGUACAGGCUAACUCUUCCAGGGCCACCCAUCAGCACUAUGCAUCUGAUUGGGUCCUCGGAAGGCCUGCUUGUCACAGUCGAUGACAGAUCCGAGAUGCACCUUGUCAAUCCCAUAACCGGUGAACAGAUUCAUCUCCCUUCGGUGAUCACCAUUGAGCAAGUGAAGCCCAUCUAUAGUGACUCUGGUGCUCUCCACAAAUACGAGUACUCAAGCCACACCGCAGAAAGGGUUUACCGUCCGCCGUCGAUCUGGGCUCCGGAAGAGCUGAGGACCAAGCUUCACCAUAAAGCCUUUGUGUUUUCCGACGAUACGUGCAAUGGAUGCAUCGUGGUGGUGCUCAUACACAAUCCAUUUUGCCAGCUCUCGUUUGCAAGGGCAGGGGGUGAUAGCUGGACAUGGCUGCCACCACACACCCACUAUGAUGAUUGCAUUUACAAGAACGGCCUGCUGUAUGCGGUCAACUCAUUGGGAGAGAUCCACGCUUUCGACCUAAGUAGUGGUCCUGUUGUUACGAUGAAGAUGAUCGCACGGGAGUCCGAUCUCGAGGACCGGUUUCUGAAUGCUUACAUUGUGCAAGCUCCAUGGGGCAGUCUUCUUCAUGUGUGGAGACAGUACGAGCACUGCGAUUUAGAGCCCGAGCCUGGGGCAUCUGUGUUUUGGAACACUGGAGAGCUUAUAAUAUAUGAAGUCGAUGCUUCGUCGGGAGAGAGAAUUAAGAAAACCAGUUGCUUGCGCGACCAUGCCUUGUUUCUUGGGCACAAUCAAUCACUUUGUCUUGCUGCUCAAGACUAUCCGGCUCUCAGGGGAAACCAUGCCUACUUUACUGACGACAGUGUGCUUUGGACAAAGGGGUUCAAGAACAACCCCCGUGACAUGGGAAUUCUCGACCUGGGUAAUAACGGCAGGGAGGAACUUGUGUCCCCCCGGCUUUGCUCCAACUGCCCGGCUCCCGUGUGGAUUACACCCAAUCUUGGAAAGAUGAACUUGGCUUUCAACGAAUAGGUUUUAGCUUCCUUUAUCUAUAAUUAUAUGUAAUAAUUAUUUAGUUUGGUAGGCGGUAGUCCUGUGUUGGUCUACACCUUUUUGUGUGUGUUUUAGCACUCUACUCGUACACUAGAACAAGUUUUUAAGAAGUUUCAUGGUAAGUGUAUGCCAAAAUAUGAGAAAUAAAAGUAGACUUGUCCAAAAA